UUUACUAUCUUCUUGUUAUUUAAUUCACUUAUGUCCAGGUUAUGUUGAUUUUCUUACAGUGCUGGUCCUUUGAAAACUUGGAUGGUUUAACAAAAAUGCUUUGGUGAAAAUAGGAGAAGAAACCUGCCCUCGUUUUCCUGUUGCUGAGGAGGCAGCUUUUAGUAAUGGCAAUCUUUCCAGAUUUAUCUCUGUGUGCUUUUGUCAUCAUAAUCCUUCCUUCUUGUCAAGACUGAUCUGUUCUUCAACCAGGGACUGACAUCUUCUUGUUUUUCUUGUUCUGUUUUUCCCAUCAUUACUUCUUUGUUUUAUAAAAACAAAAGAAAGUUAGAAAGAUGUUGGCAAACCAAUCAGGAAUAUGUUUAUUAACGGGAGUUUGUGCUACAUUGAUUGCUCUGGCUUUAGCCUAUUAUCUGUACUGGACGGUUAUUCUGAGUGAAGGACCUUGCAAGCGCGACUAAGUGGUUAUCAUGGGCUUAAUUGCAUUUCUGAAGACUCAGUUUAUAGUUCAUCUCCUGAUUGGGUUUGUCUUCGUUGUGAGUGGGUUCAUCAUUAACUUCAUCCAGCUAUGCACGCUAAUCCUCUGGCCUAUAAACAAGCAGUUUUAUCGACAAGUAAACUGUCGCCUUUCCUAUUCAUUGUGGAGCCAAUUAGUGAUGUUGCUGGAAUGGUGGUCGGGCACAGAAUGCACUUUAUUCUCAGAUCAGGCCGCAGUGGAUAAGUUUGGAAAAGAACAUGUUAUCAUCAUCCUGAACCACAACUUUGAAAUAGAUUUUCUGUGUGGCUGGACCAUGACAGAGCGCUUUGGCGUGUUGGGGAGUUCAAAAGUUCUUGCUAAGAAAGAACUACUAUACGUGCCCCUAAUUGGCUGGACAUGGUACUUCCUGGAAAUUGUUUUCUGCAAAAGGAAAUGGGAAGAAGACAGAGACACAGUUGUUGAAGGGCUAAAACGAUUGUCUGAUUAUCCAGAAUAUAUGUGGUUUCUCUUGUAUUGUGAAGGCACCCGUUUUACGGAGACCAAGCAUCGUAUCAGUAUGGAAGUGGCAGAAUCCAAGGGAUUGCCUAAACUCAAAUAUCACCUGUUGCCCAGAACCAAAGGUUUCACUACUGCUGUCCAGUGUCUCAGGGGAACAGUUUCAGCAGUGUAUGAUGUAACGUUAAACUUCCGAGGAAACAAGAAUCCAUCCUUACUAGGAAUUCUUUAUGGGAAGAAAUAUGAAGCAGAUAUGUGUGUCAGGAGGUUUCCUCUUGAAGAUAUCCCUUUGGAUGAAAAGGAAGCAGCAAAGUGGCUUCAUAAACUUUAUCAGGAAAAGGAUGCUUUGCAAGAGAAGUAUAAUCAAGAAGGUAUAUUUCCUGGGCAGCAAUUCAAACCUCCCAGAAGACCAUGGACUCUCCUAAACUUUCUCUUCUGGGCCACAGUUCUCCUGUCUCCUCUUUUCAAAUUUGGUUUUGGAAUUUUUGCAAGUGGAUCACCUCUUCUGAUUCUUGCAUUCCUGGGCUUUGUUGGAGCAGCUUCCUUUGGAGUUCGUAGACUGAUAGGAGUAACGGAAAUAGAAAAAGGCUCCAGCUAUGGCAACCAAGAAAUCAAGAAAAAGAAAUAAUUCUACAGGUGCAGUCUGAACACAUAACGAGACUAUGGUAUCAAAUUAACUUCAUUGAAAGAAAGACACUUAGAAAACUUAUCUUUUUUUCUUAUUAACUGAUAACUAAUAAUACUUGAGCCAAGACUGAAGAAACUGAAAGAGUCGAGAGAAGAGGAAACAAUUGACUACUUACCUGCCUAAGGAUCACUGUAUUCAUAACUUUUGGAGAAAAUCUGGGCUAAAAACCAACCCUUUUCUGCUCUGUUGUGGGUGUGAGGGAGAACUUACAGGUGGAGCUACAUGCAUCUUCAGAUAACUGGUGUGUCUUUCAAGAGUGCAACACUCGCUUUGCAAGAGGAGCUACUGAAUGUUUCUUCUUGCUAAAACCAAUGUAAUAUUUUCUUAGCAUCUUUUUUUAAAAAUAAGGCUGCAUGCAUUGCAGCAAAACUCCAGUUACUUUAGUGCAGUUCCUUUGAAAGGAAGCCACCUGGAAAAGCUACUUCAUCCUUGCAUAUAUGUUACUUUUAGUUUAAUAUUUAUUAACUUCCACACGAUAAUGGAAUUUUGAUGGCAGCAGGAUCUUACUGAUAAGCACAUACUAGAGACCAGGUGGCACUACAAUGGAUAAAAAUGUCAAACUUUUUUCCACCUCCUUCCCCACAUGUGUAUCCCAGUUAAAACUGGAGCAUGCUUCACUCAGAUUCCUACAUACAUUGGACUUGCCGGUUUUGACCCUGAGAUUUGGACAUGUGUAACCAAGGCUGCUCAGUCAUCUGGUGUUGGGGUUUCUUCCAGAGGUCCAUUCUGCUUCAGUUCUCCUGCAUGGCUUGUUGUGAAAAACAGCAUAAACCAGCAUAGGAGUCUGGAAAUACCUUGUUGUUUUUUUAACUAUUAGAAUAUGUACCUCUUGGGCUGCAAUCCUAAGCAUGCUUACUUGAAAGUAUUUUCAUCUGAAAUUAGUAGAAUUUUCUUCCAGGUAAAUGUGCUAAGGGCCCGGAUAUCAACCACCUGUGUUAUUACAGAAGAUUGCUAUGGAAAUCAACAGUCACCUAGAAACUUUUAAAAAUGUAUUGAAUUUUUACGUUUACAAAUCUAAACGUCUGGCGAUCCAAAUUUCUGUAUCUUUCUGUUGCAAAUUAGAAUUACUGGUAUGAUUUCUACCACUUCUGACUCCAAAAACACAGGAGCUACUUCUGAUACAAACAACCUCCAUAUGGUGGCUGCUCAAUGCAUUAAGAUUCCUUCCCUGUGGAAAGCCAUUUAUCUGAAGUAGCCUGUGGAGGCACCUUUACCAUAUUAUCACAAGCCAACCAUGUUAGAUUGGCAUGGUAACUCUAGGCUUCUUCAGCAGGCUCUAGAUAUAACAUAACUGUAGGCUCUAGAUGAAUGGCUUGCUAUGAGGCAGCCUCCCCAGAAGCUAUUUGUGUGCAACUGUCUUAAUAAAGAUGUGCAGAUUGGCAUAUAUUUUGAGGUGUGUGUGCGGGGGCUGUAUUUAUAAGUGUGUGGCAAUGGCACAUUUCUUCUUCCAGAGCUGGGACCACAUUUUUUCAUUAACUCCGUACCAGAAAAAUCUGUGAAUUAAACUCUAUAAAUAAAAUGCAAAGCAGGACUAGGCCCUGCUGCUCCUUAUUAUCUAAUAUUAACGCACACAUUCUUAUCUUAGGGAAUUUGAUUAUUAAUUUUUAAUUGUAUUAAAUCGCUGGUGUUCGUGUUCUCUCUCUCUCUCUCUCUCUCUCUCUCUCUCUCUCUCUCUCAUACCCAGGGGUAAAUGAAUAAUAUUUUACUUUCAAAAUGUAACUGUUGACAUUAACCUUUUUUCCCCAUCUGCAGAAACUCAUUUAAGAAUUUUGAGAAUACCUUUGUAGUUUGCCACUUUGAAGCUUGGAAAAAUUACUUGCAGAAACUCCU